AGGUCUAUGUUUUUCUUAUGGUGCAGAUAUAAUUGUGGAUCUUAAGUAAUAAUGCAGCCCAAUAGCCAUCACUGAGGCAAAACAUAAACUUGGGACAGAGGGAAUAGUUCUGAUACUCAUGUAUUGAGUAGCCCUCACCAUGCUAUCUGUGUUGAAGAAACUGAAAGCUCGUGGAGAACCAGGUUCUCCUUCUCCUGGUGAAAAAAGGAUGCAGAAUGUCACAGCAAUGCCUUCAUCCCUUCAAAAGAAGUUCUCCAAAGGUGUACAAUAUAACAUGAAAAUUGUGAUACGAGGGGAUAGGAAUGUUGGCAAGACCUGCCUUUACAAGCGACUCCAAGGGCAGCAAUUCCAAGAGGAAUAUGUGCCAACUGAUGAAAUCCAGGUGACGUGUAUCCAGUGGAAUUUCAAAAACACAGAGGAAAUCAUCAAAGUCGAUGUCUGGGAUGUAGUUGAUGAAGGAAAGGUCAAGAAGGACCCAAAUGUUCCAGUUAAACUCAAAAUGGCACAUGAUAAGCCAAGUGAUGAUGGUUUCAUCCAGCAGCCAGUGUUGGAUGCCAGUUUCCUUGAUGUGUAUAAAGAUGCUCAUGGUGUGAUAAUGAUGUUUGAUAUGACCAAGAAUUGGACCUUUCAUUAUGUCGAAAGGGAGCUGCGAAAGGUGCCAAAGCAUAUCCCAGUGCUUUUACUUGGCAAUCAUCGUGAUAUGGCUCACCAUCGAACAGUGACAGACCUGCAAGUUACUGGUCUUCUGGAGGACUUGUUGCAGGAAGACCAGGAGAGGGUGAUCCAUUAUACAGAAGCAUCAAUGCGAAAUGGAUUUGGCCUGAAGUUCUUGCACAAGUUCUUGAGCCUUCCCUUCCUGUUGCUUCAACGGGAAACCCUCACUCGUCAGCUGGAGAGGAAUAAAGAGGACAUAGAUAUUGCAAUCCAGGAACUGGAUUUGUGUCUCCUCAAUGAAGCUAAUUCACGGUUUGAGGAGCCAAGGCAAAGAAGUCCUGGUACUUCCCACAAUGUUGGAGUCUCAUCUCCUGAAUCAGAUGAGGGCAUUUCCUCAUCCAGUAAUCAUGCAACUCCAGGGUCUCCUGUUAUCAAGUCUAGUAGUCCAGAAGAAAACACUGUCAACAGUGAGUCCAUCUACUUCAUUGCUUUGAGUUCUUUUAGCAAUCAUACAAUUUCAAGAGAGUUCCCAACCCAAACAGCUACAGUUGGUGACUUUGUGCCUGAAGAAGAGUGUAGUCUUGAAAAGCAGAACUCUCUGGAUGACCAUAGUCAACAUUCCUCAACACCACAGCAGCUGCCACAGAGUCUGGAAUGUGAAAGUGAUGGGGAAGGGAGUGAUGAGGUAAACCCGAUGGUAGCGGGUUUUCAGGAUGAUCUGGAUCCAGAAGACUUCCAUUACACCAGUCCAGGGACUCAGCAUGCGGGUGCCAGUGAUUCUGACUGAUUCCUUUCUUCCAUUUCUUUAUAUUCACCUUCUUGACCCCAUUGUGGUUCAGAGAGAGGAAUAGACAAGACAGUAUGGCUGUCUUUGGAAUACACCAAACCCCUAGAGUUCUCCUGAAGUGUGCUGGUAUCACCCUCCUUUAAGGGAUGUCUAAUAGUCAAUACUCACUGAGGCCCAUCACCAUCAUGUUAUUCCUAUUGAUAAGAGACUGUGAUUUCAUCAUUGCUAUUUUGUUUCAUGCUGGUUAGAAGCACUCAUUUGCCUAUCAUCUUAUAGGGUACUGUUUUACCUUUAUUUCCUCAUCCCCUGCUGUGACAAAAAAUUGCAUGUGAUCUGAGAGUGAUCUCCUUCUAGCUUUCGAAGAACAUUCAAUUUUAUAUCAUUGCAGAAUAUGAUGACUAGGAAUCAAGGGGAAAAUUGGUAAUAUUCAAACUCAAGCAAGCACAUGGAAUCUGUAGUUUUUACUGAAAAAUUUUAUCACUGAUUAUUGUACCCUUGAGAUCCAUUUAAUAAAGGGGUUCAAAUUUAAAGCAGCAAAAAAGUACCAUGAAAGAGAGAUGUAUUUGCAACAGGACAAUGGAGAUCCAGACUUGUCAGAGACAAGGCAGUGAUCUGCAGGUUUGGCAAAAAAAUGAGCCACAGAAGCAAACUAUAGUUAUCAUGUACAAUGCAAGAGCUGUGUUUCAUGUCAUUCCACUCAACCAUUAGCAAAAUGUUUUAAAGAUAAAUGUCUCUCUUAGGUGGGCACAGCCCCUGCAUUCUCCCCAUCAAAUCCCAUUUCACUGUGCUUUCUGGAAAAAAGCAAAUGCUGUAUUUGAGAUUUUGUAGCUGUGUCCUUGUUUCUGUCCUCCUUCCUUCUUCUCCCCCUUCCAUCACAAUACUUCUUUCACAUUACUCCAGAGAACUGAGAACCUCUUCAAUCAACCAACUCUCACUCUGUUAGGCAUGAAAUAAUGCAAGAAAAAAUUAAGGAAAAUAUAAAAGCUCAUCAAUAUGCUUUAGUAUUCCAGAACUUCUUAAAGGAUGUUUCACACCUUCCAUAUCAUUUGUCCUUUGUAUGAAUGCUUGGGCAGGUAGGCAGAUGCACAUGUCCAGACACUUAUCCACUUACAUCCGAGGGUUUUCACAAAAUGCAAGG